UCCUGGAUGGGGCCAGGGAGCCUUCCUCUGGCUGGGAUGAAGAACUUGAGCAGAAACUCAUUGCCGGCUUCCUCCCAGGGUGAGCUGUGCGCCAUCCCCAGGUCCCCCAUCACCCCUGGGGACGUCGAGGACACUUCAGCACAAGACCCCUGAGCCGCCCUCCACUGAGAGGCACGCUGGAGACGGAGGUCGAGAACAGGAAGGGGGUGUGAGGACUCCCCUGGCCUGGCCCUCGCUUCUAGCUGGUGCGGGUACCGGGUGUCCAGCCCCCAGGAGCCGUGACGAUGGAGGAUGUCCCCAAGGCUGUGGAGGUUGACGAGAAGUCUCCAGAAUCCAAGGACCUGCUGCCCAGCCAGACGGCCAGCUCGCUGUGCAUCAGCUCCAGAAGCGAGUCUGUCUGGACCACCGCCCCCAGGAGUAGCUGGGAGACCUACCGCAAGCCCGCCGUCAUCACGUCUGUGGGCGGCGCCAUCCUCCUCUUCGGCGUGGCCCUCACCUGCUUGGCCUACACCCUGACACUGGGUAACAAGAGCCUGGAGGUCCUGAAGAUGACAGGGCCUGCCUUCCUGUCUCUGGGACUCAUGAUGCUGGUGUGCGGGCUGGUGUGGGUGCCCAUCAUCAAAAAGAAACAGAAGCAGAGACAGAAGUCAGUCUUCUUCCAGAGCCUCAAGUCCUUCUUUCUGAAUCGCUAAUGGUGGCCUCCCCCUCUGGCCUCCCACCCGCCCUCUAACCUCAACCAGGAGAAGAUCUGAUGGCCAACGUCCAACGUCCAACGUCCCCGGCUCCCUGGGGGGUGGGGUUUGCCAUAAAACUGAUGCAGGCAAGCCCUCUUCCUGGCCCCCUGGGAAAGAGCGAGCUCCCUCCGUGCCGCGGGGGGACACCGCUGGACGAUCUCAUUUAGUCUCUCUGUUCGCACCGAUGCUUCCCCAGAUCCUGGCCGCCAUCGCCAUUCAGGGCUCUUGCCUGGGCCUGUGCAGCUGGGUGGCCCUCAUCCGAUGCUCUCUGCCAAGUGCUAUGCAUGAUGGGAAAUUCCCUGGGCUGGGCGCUGCCCGGAGAAGAAUCUCCUGUUUACGUAUCUGAGUGCCUGAGCUCAAUUCUGCAUUUGCUUCCUUCUAGAACCCACACUGACCAACAGAGGUCCUUCAUGGAGGGAAAGAAGCUCUGACCACCGGGUUCGCGCUCCCUGUGGGCAAGACUUGCAUUUCAAGAGAGCAGACAAUUCACAGUAUCAAACAUUCCAAGGAGUGAGCAGUGAAGGGGCCGGGGGAAGAAACACUUCCUGGAAGGUACAUUUACCCUGGAGUCAACUCGAGAAGGUGCUUAACUCUCAGUUGUACAGCACUCACCCAGAGACAGUGGGGUGCGCGGGGGUGUCGGUCUCCCCCUGACCUCCUAACUCCUUCCCCGUGAAUACUCUCCCCUCUAAACUUGACACUUAGCAGAGGACAAGUGCCCAUUGCCACAGCUCCCUCUUUCCCCGGCCCCUGCCUCUACCCCAUGAUUCCAGAAGAGCCAGAUGGAGAGCAGCUGUGGAGGGCCGGAGAAGCUUCUCCCUCCCUCACCGCCUCGCAGAGUCAACACCAAGACCCAGGUCUGCACCUGAGUGUCUGAGGUCUCCAGAGAUGGGGGUUACUUGAGAAAAUCCCACUUCUGCUCCCCCCGCCUCCGCCCACCAACAGGCAAAUAUUCGGUGAGGACCUGCUCUGGGCCAGGCCCCAGGGGACAGGGAUGAACGCCAGAUGCUGCCUGCGCUCCCCUUCCUUCCACAAUGAGCGACACAGCCAGGCCCACAGGUAGCAGGAACACCCGGGGAGGGGGACAUGGAGGGGCAGCUGCCGCAGCCUUGGGCAAAAACAAAGGGAGUGCUGGAGUCUGUGCCACCCAACAGAACCCAAGGAAAGAGGCGAGCUGGCCAGAGGGAAGAAGAGUGGGCAGGCAGGAACCACCGGAGCAGCGCUGGGGCGGGAGGGAGCAGGAUAACGUCAGGGAACUGCCGUCAGUCACCUGAGUCCUCUCUCUCGGCUCUGCUUCCCCAAGUGCCUUAGUGCUGCUUCUCAGGCUCCUCCAGGGCCUCCAGGGGUCUGUGGCAGAGACUGGAAGGGGGUUUCCAGAGAGCCCACCAGGCAGAGAGCCCCCGUGAGGGAAGUGCUCUGCAAACCUCGGGCUUCCUGCAGCCCCCAAAGGCUCUCGGGUGACAGACCAGGAGGCUACUGUGAGAAAGCUGGCCAGGCUGCCCAGUGCAGAGCAUCUGAUAAGGAGGGGAAGGUGUGAGCUGACUCUCGGCUCCUCGCCUUCUGCCCCUGCCCCACUCACCACGACGCCACUAUGGCAACCUCUCGCUCUAACCGGCCUCCAGGUAGCUCCAUCCUUGAAGGUGACUCCACACCUGGAGUCAGAGCUGCAUCUUGUUCCCUCUGCAUCAUGGGAAACUCCAUGGAGGAAAGCACCAGUGACAUGGGGACACCCCCUGCCCCACCCAUCUAAGGACCCAGAGUCUGUCUGGGGAGCCUGUGGCCUUUCAGCGUCACCCAGAAUGAUUGUGUCUCUCAUUCAGACAGCGUGGCCAUGUCCUCUAGCCCACCUGUCCCCUGCACCCAGGCGGUCAGGACCAAUUAUGGGGCCGUUGCAAGCCCUGUGCCAUGCACCUGUAGUUCCAGUGCCUCAAGUGACCAGGCUUACAGACUGUUUUCUUUUCUUUGGCAUGAACGCAGAUUCGGCUUCAGCCCUGCAAUGUCACUCUCACACCCUGGAUGCUUUCUUACCGGGAAGCAGACAGGGAGGACUCCCAGCUGGCUCCCCAGGAACCCACACUCCCGCAUCCCAGUUCCUCUGCCCACAAGCUUGGCAUCUGGGCACAGCUGUGGGAGGAGGGCCCAGGCAGCCACUGGUACCACGUGUGUCUCGGUGGAGCACAGUCUGGGGCCGACUUGACUCUAGCAGGCGUCCAGGGGCUGGGCUCACCUUGGGAGUCCCCAGCAGUCUUGCCCACGUCCCCUGCUCCCUAUGCUAGUUCCUCAGACAGAAAGAUGAGGAGAGGUCCCCCAGUGCAUCAUUCACCCCCUCUGGGGGCCCCAUGGGAAUGGGGACCAAGGCACAGGCUGGGGUCACGGUGAGGGGCUUCCGCCAAAGACCAUCGCCACACAGAAGCCUGAGGAGCAGGCCCAGCCCAGGUCAGAUGCAGUGUUUCUGGGGAAGAGCAUCCCCAGCACGACUCCUCUCGUGCCCCUGGACGGGAGGUCGUGACUGGCCCCCGUGCGUCCCGCUAACUGGAUCGUUAUCCCACCCAGAGCUGUUCUGUUUAAUCUGAGCGCUAAGCGAAGCAACGGGAUGUUGAACCAUA